AUGCCUUUCCCCAACGUGACCAAAACCUCUUCCCCCAAGAUCGGCAAUACCACCAACAUCGGAUCAUCUCCCAAGGUUAUGGGAUCACCUUCGACCAACUCUUCUCCUUCUCUCAAACCUCCUUCGCCAUCGAAAUACAUGCAUACCAUCCCUCGCGUGUCAAACUCUCAUUUUAUCUCAACUUCUAAUUCCUCCCCACCUCUUAAUCGAUCUUCUCCUUGUAUCGAUCCUCCUCUUUCCCCUCGAUCGACUCAUAUUCCAACUGGAACAUCUCCCGGAGCGCCUACCACACCUACGAAACGUCUCCCCUCACAGGUCCUCUCAGGAGCUGGAUCUCCUACACCUGGACGUAUAAUCUCACCACUUGUUCCUCAAAGUCCAUCUUUCUCUUCGAGUCCAAAUCUCACACCUGGUCGUCAACAAAAACCUCUUUCUCAAAGCUUUUCUCACGCUUCUCCUCAUUCUUCUCCUAAAUUGACAGAAGAUGAUUUUCGUAAAGGUUCUUUACCUAAUCCUAUAUUUUCAAGAGGAAGUAUAGCUGAACAUCGUUGUCGUAGACCUUCAGUAGGAUUCGCACCUGCUAUACCUAAAAUCCCAAUUCAUUCACCUCCAACAAAUGCUAAAAUGAUACCUUUACAAGGAUUAGAAAUAAUAUCUCUUCCUUCUCCUCUCAAUCCUGAAAAGGAAUCAUCAUCACCGAAAAUGAACAGUAUCAAACAAGUACCUGAAAUCCCGGAAAGAAGAAGGAAACCAAGUAUGAAAAUUGAUUUACCUCCACUUCCUUCGAUUCCUGAUGGUGCUAUCGUAGCGUUGAACGAAACCGAUACCGAAGGCGAUACCACAUUCCUUGUAUCGGAUAUUCAUACUGUUCGACCUGAUUUGUCGUCACUUGGAGAAGAUGGAUCAAUUGGUAGAGAUAAAUUGCGUAGUGGUAGUUUGAUUGGUUUAGGAAGACCUCAACUUAUUUCAGCUUUGAAAGGAGGUAGGAAAAAUUCGAUACCUUCACCUAUCGUAGGCGCUAUUCCGACUUGGCUCACAUCCCCUGUUGUCGGGCCAAAUCAAAGUCCUCAGAAUAGGAGGGCGAGUCAACUUUCGAGUCCACAUAAUUCUUAUCCAUCACAAUUGGCAAGAGCUUCGUAUCCCUCCACAGGAUGUUUGUAUCGUACGGGUUUACAGAAUCCUCUUAGUCAAGAAAACUUGACUCGGACUGAGUUGGAGGAGCCAGUUGGUCAAGUUGAACAUGUCGGAGAGACAAUCUUCAAAGAUCCUUUCACGAAUGAUGACCUACCCAUCAUCCUCACUCCCAACCCAGCGGAAGAUUUCGCAGACUUUGACGAGAUGAGGGAAACUCCAUUGGCAGCACCUCCAAGGGGAAGGAAGAGUACCAACACCUUGGAAACGUGA